CCGCCUAUGUAGUUUUCAUCGUUGUUUCUCCAUAAACGAGUGUGUAGUUCAUUUUCCCUUUCCCUCGCCCCUAAAACCCCGCAAACCUUAAAACCCUAGCGAUUGAUCCGCGCGAGCGAAGAUAAACCCUAGAUCGAACCCCCUUCCGCAAUGAGCUACGCGGCCUUCAAAAUGAUGCAUUGGCCCACGGGGAUCGAGAACUGCGCCGCCGGGUUCUUCACCCACUCCCCAUCCUCCUCCUCCUCCUCCUCCGCCGCCGCCGCGGAGGCGACGGCGGCCGCCGAGAUCCCUCCCCUGCCCGGCGACGAACUCGAGGCGGCGGAGUGGCAGCAGGGGAGGAGGCGACGCGGGGUUGGCGCCGUUCCCGACCUCGUCGUCACGGCGGGGAACGUGCUCGAGAUCUACGUAGUUAGGGCGCAGGAGGACGAGGGGAGAGCCCCUCGGGCCUCCGGCGAGCAGAAGCGCGGCGGCGGAGGCGGCGGCGUUGUCGACGGGAUCUCUGGUGCCCGCCUCGAGCUCGUGUGCCACUAUCGCUUGCAUGGCAAUGUGGAAUCAAUGGCAGUUUUAUCUGUUGGAGCUGAUAAUCGCAGCAACAGAAGAGAUUCUAUUGUCCUAGCAUUCCAAGAUGCAAAAAUCACCGUGUUAGAAUAUGAUGAUUCACUACAUGGACUGCGGACAAGUUCCAUGCACUGUUUUGAAGGGCCAGACUGGCAGUACCUGAAAAGAGGCAGGGAGUCGUUUGCCCGUGGUCCUAUUGUAAAGGCCGAUCCCUCAGGCCGAUGUGGUGGAGCACUUGUUUAUGGGCUUCAAAUGAUUAUUCUUAAAGCUGCUCAGGCUGGGCAGAGUUUAGUUGGAGAUGAUGAGCCUAACAGUGCUGGAGGCACUAUCUCUGUUCGUAUUGAGUCAUCUUAUGUGAUUAAUUUGCGUGAAUUAGACAUGAAUCAUGUCAAAGAUUUCACAUUCGUACAUGGUUAUAUUGAGCCUGUUAUGGUUAUACUUCAUGAAAGAGAGCCUACAUGGGCUGGCCGUAUCUCAUGGAAGCACCACACAUGCAUGAUUUCUGCGCUUAGCGUCAGCACAACUUUGAAACAACAUCCGAUGAUAUGGUCUGCAUCUAAUCUUCCACAUGAUGCAUACAAACUUCUUGCGGUGCCUUCACCAAUUGGCGGUGUUCUUGUGAUCUGUGCAAACUCCAUACACUAUCACAGUCAGUCCGCAUCUUGCUCUCUGAGUCUCAACAGUUUCUCAUCGCAGCCGGAUGGCAGUCUUGAAAUGCCUAAAUCGAACUUCGCUGUGGAGCUUGAUGCAGCUCAUGCAACAUGGUUAUCACAUGAUGUUGCUAUGUUCUCAUCAAAGACUGGAGAAUUACUAUUGCUCACCUUGGUCUAUGAUGGAAGAAUUGUGCAGAGACUUGAUCUUGUGAAAUCCAAAGCUUCAGUUUUGACCUCGGGUUUGACAACUAUUGGGAGUUCAUUCUUCUUCCUUGGCAGUCGCCUGGGAGACAGCCUCCUUGUGCAAUAUAGCUGCGGGACGUCAGUGCCAACUUCUAGCCAAGUGAAAGAUGAGGCUACUGAUAUUGAUGGUGAUGUCCCUUCAGCAAAGCGAUUAAGAAGGAUGUCUUCAGAUGCUUUACAAGAUGUUACCAGUGUUGAGGAGCUGUCUUUGUAUAAUAAUGCUCCGAACAGUUCAGAGUCAGCACAGAAGUCCUUCUCAUUCGCGGUUAGAGAUUCGUUAAUUAAUGUUGGCCCGUUGAAGGAUUUUUCUUAUGGUUUAAGGAUCAAUGCAGAUCCCAAUUCCACAGGACUUGCUAAGCAGAGCAACUAUGAGUUGGUAUGCUGUUCCGGUCAUGGAAAAAAUGGAGCCCUUUGUGUUCUCCAACAAUCAAUUCGCCCUGAGCUGAUUACCGAGGUGGUGUUAGCUGGCUGCAAGGGGAUAUGGACUGUAUACCAUAAAAGCUCACGCGGUCAUGCAACUGAUUCUUCUAAAACAAUGACAGAGAAUGAUGAAUAUCAUGCAUAUCUUAUAAUAAGCCUGGAGAGUCGUACAAUGGUUCUUGAGACAGCUGAUGAUUUGGGAGAGGUUACUGAAACUGUUGAUUAUUAUGUACAUGGAAGUACAAUUGCUGCAGGUAACUUAUUUGGAAGGAGACGAGUUAUUCAGAUAUACGCAAAGGGUGCACGUAUACUAGAUGGUUCUUACAUGACCCAGGAAUUGAAUUUUGUUGCACAUAAUUCUGAGCAAACGUCUAGCGAAUUGCCGACAGUGGCGUCUGUUUCUAUAGCUGAUCCUUAUGUGUUAUUGAAAAUGACUGAUGGAAGCAUUCAAUUGCUCCUUGGAGAUCCUGCCGCUUGCACUGUUUCUCUUAAUGCCCCUGCUAUAUUUUCAAGCUCAACAGAACCAAUAUCUGCAUGUACACUUUAUCAUGAUAAAGGACCGGAACCGUGGCUUCGAAAGACGAGCACUGAUGCAUGGCUUUCUACUGGUGUUGCCGAGCCAAUUGAUGGGAAUGAUGGAUCAUAUCAUGACCACGGUGACAUAUAUUGUUUAGUUUGUUAUGAAAAUGGCAAACUUGAAAUUUUCGAUGUGCCUAGCUUUAAAAGUGUUUACUCUGUGGACAACUUUGUUUCUGGAAAGACUUAUCUGGCGGAUACAUAUACUAAAGACCCCAACAAAUAUCCUGAUACUAAAGGCUAUCUAAAUAAGGAACCAGUGCAGAAUAUGAGAGUGGUCGAGCUGGCUAUGCAAAGGUGGUCUGGCCGAUACAGUCGUCCUUUUCUUUUUGGAAUGCUGAGUGAUGGGACAAUUCUUUGCUACCAUGCUUACUUUUACGAGGGUACAGAAAAUGCUGUAAAAGGUGGAGAUCCAGUUUCCCCUCGUGGUUCUGCGGACACAAGUAGUAUGAGCAUUUCAAGGCUGAGAAAUUUGAGAUUUCUUCGUGUUUCUAUUGAUAUCACUACACGAGAAGAAAUGUUGAAUGCUGUGAGUAGGCCAAGAAUUACUGUAUUUAAUAAUGUGGGAGGCUAUCAAGGUUUGUUUCUUAGUGGUUCAAGGCCAGCAUGGCUCAUGGUCUGCAGAGAACGGAUUCGGGUACAUCCGCAGCUAUGCGAUGGUUCCAUAGCAGCUUUUGCUGUUCUUCACAAUGUAAAUUGCAAUCAUGGUCUUAUAUAUGUUACAUCACAGGGUUACCUAAAAAUUUGUCAGCUGCCGUCGUCAUUUAACUAUGACAACCACUGGCCAGUUCAAAAGAUUCCUUUGCUGGGCACUCCACAUCAAGUCACCUAUUAUGCCGAAAAGAAUCUAUAUCCACUUAUUUUAUCUGUUCCUGUUAUCCGUCCUUUAAAUCAGGUCCUUUCAUCUCUGUUGGAUCAAGAAAUGAGCCAGCAGAUAGAUAACGACAACUUCAAUUCUGAUGAUCUGCAAAAGACUUAUAGUGUUGAUGAAUUUGAGGUCCGAAUAUUGGAGCCAGAUAAAUCUGGUCACUGGGAUACUAAGGCUACUGUUCCAAUGCAGACCUCUGAAAAUGCCCUUACAGUCCGCAUUGUUACGUUAUUUAAUACAACAACAAAAGAGAAUGAAUCUCUCAUGGCCAUUGGCACUGCUUAUGUGCAAGGAGAGGAUGUAGCUGCUCGUGGACGAGUGCUUCUGUUUUCUUUUGCCAAAACUAAUGAGAGCUCCCAAAAUCUGAUUUCAGAAGUCUACUCUAAGGAGCUGAAGGGUGCCGUCUCAAAUUUAGCAUCUCUUCAGGGUCACUUGCUUAUAGCUUCUGGUCCAAAAAUCACCUUGCAUAAAUGGACUGGUUCUGAGUUGAAUGGUGUUGCUUUCUAUGAUGCUCCACUGCAUGUUGUGAGCUUGAACAUUGUCAAGAAUUUCAUCUUGUUUGGCGACGUUCAUAAAAGCAUAUAUUUCCUUAAUUGGAAGGAGCAAGGUGCUCAACUAAGCUUGCUAGCAAAAGAUUUUGGACCUUUAAAUUGCUAUGCAACUGAGUUCUUGAUUGAUGGUAGCACAUUGAGCCUUGUCGUAUCGGAUGAUCAAAAGAACAUUCAGAUCUUCUAUUAUGCACCAAAAAUGUUGGAGAGCUGGAAAGGGCAGAAGCUUUUGUCAAGGGCAGAGUUUCAUGCCGGGGCCCUUGUAUCGAAGUUCUUGCGGUUACAGAUGCUUCCCACUUCCUCUGAUCGAUCAGGUGCAACUGUGCCUGGCUCCGAAAAGACCAACCGUUUUGCUCUUCUGUUUAGCACGCUGGACGGUAGCAUCGGCUGCAUCGCACCGCUUGAGGAGCUCACAUUCCGUCGGCUUCAGACUCUGCAAAGGAAACUAGUUGAUGCUGUUCCUCAUGUUUGCGGCCUGAAUCCUAGAUCAUUCCGGCAGUUCCAUUCUAACGGGAAAGCACAUCGCCCUGGUCCCGAUCAUAUGGUGGACUUUGAGCUUCUUUCUCAUUAUGAGAUGCUGCCAUUGGAGGAACAGCUGGAAAUUGCUCACCAAAUCGGAACGACCCGGUCGCAGAUCCUUUCCAAUUUUAAUGAUCUCUCACUGGGAACGAGUUUUCUGUGAGCAUCUCUUGCAACUGAAAUGUUCUAGAGGAUUAUACAACCUUCCUGUAACGUUUGAGGUCAAACACACUGUCAACAUAGGAGCCGAUUCUGUUUGGUCCAUGGUGCCCCCAACCUUUUGUUCUACAAAGCGAAUGCUCUGUUUUUUGAUCCUUGCGUACGGCAUCAAGUAGUCGAAACAGUUCUUUAGGGGUUUGCACUGACUUGGGCUGCCUGUAACUUAUUACAUUGUCAAUUGAAAACCUCUGUAUAGUUAAUCCUAACCUUAAUUCCUUGCUACUCUCUCUCUAGUUUAUGAUGUUUUUAUGUGCUUAUAUCUUGCAAUUUGAACCAGGAGAAGUGAACUACCUUAA